CCUAGAUCAUCGCUGCUGUUGCCGCUGCCGCUAUUUCCGCUACUCAAACUUGACGGACGUGUCGGCCAAAACGCUCUCCCUGUGGCCUUACUCCUCUGCGGUUGUGAUUGUUUUCUUUCAUCAAGAAACAUCACUUGUUGGUAACUUGUCAAAUUCAAGAAAUAUUUCUCGAGAAGCAGUCUGUGGGCAGGCGUAGACGUUGCAGCUUCGAGCAUUUUGGCAAAUUAAAGCACAUGAGCCGUUGAUUGGUCUCAUUUCCACGACUUGUAAGGUCAGAACUGCUGUGUGAAUUCAAGACGUUGGUUUGUUUUGGUAAAUAUUUAUUGCAUCCUUAUUAUUUGUCAAGUAUUGUUUUAGAUGCCAGAGAUAUAAUUGUGAACAAGAUGAAGUCUGCUUUGAUUGAGUUUAUAUCCUAAUGGGAAAAGACAAAAAUCUUCCCCUUGGAAGGAGUUUUAUCCAUAGUUAUUGUAAUGGCGGCUGAAGUGCAAAUGGUACUUUAUGAAGAUGAUUCAGUGCAAGUACAGUAUGUUGAUGGAUCCAGACUGCAGCUUUCUCCCUGUGGCUCUGAAUUUUUAUUUGAAAAGGCACCCCUUGUUUCAGCACAUCCUUUAGAACAACCAGAAAGAAUUCGUCAAAGGACACACUUUGUUAUUAGCACUUACCGAGAGCAACUACAGAGAGCCCUAGAUUUUCGAAAUUCUUUUGCCACUUGCCCUUUUUUAUCUGAAAGCAUUAUACCUUCUGAGAGAAAAAAGCAUAUCUUCAUUGACAUCUCAGAAGUGAGAUGGCCCAGUCUGGAUAUGGAUGAUCGCAUGAUAUGCAUGCAGAAUGGCACCGUGAAGAUAUCAUCCUUAGAUGGCCAUGCAUACCUUUGCCUGCCCAAAUCUCAACAUGAAUUCACAGUACAUUUUUUGUGUAAAACAAGCCAGAAGCCAGACUCAUCUAGAGUAUUGUCAGAAAAAAAUAAUCAUGCCAAAAAGGACAAACUAAUUGAGAAAACAGGCAAAAUCUACACAAAUGAAAGUUUAUCAGGACAGAGACUGAAGAAGAAAGAUAAUGCACUUCACUGUCAGAUCAUGAAAUCCAAAGAACCUUUAGAGAAGAAGAGCUGUGUAAACAGAAGUGAAGGGAGGGAGGCACUGCAUUCGCUUGGCACAAAGCACACAUAUGUAUACACAUGGGUAAAACAGCGCUGGUGUGUGGCCUCCUGUCCAGACGAAUGGAAAUACCCUUUGUCUUUAGCACUUCAUUUUCAUAGUAAAAUCAGCAAUGUAUCUGGAAUUGAUGUAAAUAUCACCCAGAGUAGAAUUUUAACUUCUGAUGUUUCAGAAGAAAGAGGAAAAGAGGUCUCCGUUCUUCCCAGGGCCUUGUUACUCAGCUGUCCUGUCCCACACUUGCACAGGUGGAAUUUUUGUGAUUCACUUUCACAGAGACCGUCUGAUGAAGAAGAAUAUUCCUAUCCUGAACUAGUGAAAGUGGUUUGGUAUAAGGGUAUUACAUACAGACUUACCCAUAAAAAUAUGAACUCAAUAGAGAUUUAUCCUGGGGAUGGAUCUGUGUUCAAAUCAGAAGGAGCUUAUUUCGGGAACUAUUUUACAUACUACUCUAUUCGAGAAGGAUCAGGAGAGAGAGAAGAGAAAACAUAUUCAGUAAAUAACCUUCCACCAGACAGACCCGGAAGUCUGUUUUCUGUGUGUUCUCUAAUUAAACGGGCAACCAGGAUUCUUCAGCAUUGUGCCAAGAUGAGACUUUCAUUAAGCCAUAAUUAUCGUAUAUGGUGCUGGAAAAUGGUACCUGGGAUAAAUGAUAACAGUAUACUGCCUUUGCUUUUGAGAGAAUCAGUCAUACCCAGCGUGGGAAGAUUUCUUGCAUACUCUGAUGACAAAGUACAUGUUAUUUUUUUAGAUGGUGUUACUCUAACCCUAAAUUGGAAUUUUGGCUCUUUUAUAGAAAAGACACAGGUAAAUCAAGGUCUCAACUUAGGUUGGUGUAAGUUAACUUUUCCUGAUGGACAUGAUCAGUUAAUUCAGAUUGAACAUCCUGGACCAUAUGAAAGAUAUGUGACAACAGUAAUAUCAUGGUGCAGAAGACUGACCCGGACUAGUGAGAGAGAGGUGCCCACACAUCCUUCCUCUUCUUUUCUUGAAGAAAAUUGGUGUGUGGCUUCUGAACUUGAAAAGAUACAGAAGUUCAACUUAUUAUUGGAGAAUAGUGGUGUCCUAAACCAGAUUUCUAACAAAAAAAAUGAACAGUCUUCUGAUAAUUACAAACCAAAAUAUUCAGAAAUCUUGCUCGAAGAAGAUAAUGAAAACAGAGUAGCAGUGGCACUGAAAAAAACCUCUGAAAUUCUUCAGGAUAUUGACUGUCUUCUAUCAAACUCUAAAAAGUGAAAAAUGGAAUUAUUGCAAUAUAUUAUUAAACCUUAAGGAUGUUGUUUCAAGUGCUUGGUAUAAAAUUACUAGAAAGCCAAAAAAUUGUAUAUAUGACUUCUGUACAGUGAUUAUAUGGGAAGUGACAUUUAAUUUUGGAGGUAUUUUAUCUAACCUAUAAAUUUAAAAAUAUGUAUUUAUAAUAUACUUAUUAAUAAAUAACUUGAAAUUUUGAAC